UUCGUAUGUCGCCUUUCGCUCUAGAGUUGCCAAGUCGCAGUGUCAAAGGUGUGGCAGCUCUGCUCAGUGAUAUUUGAGAUUUGGAUGCAGUCGGUCGGUAUAUGGAUUCUAGGGUAUUUGGGCGUUGUAAACUAUGGAUCAAAGUACUAUAAUUACAUCCGCUGAAGAACAGUUGAAAAACUAUGGUGUAUUUUUGGAGGACCACGAUAAGAAGUUGAGAGAUCUUGUAAAGAAAAACAAACAUGAUGGCAAGGAGAAACCCCUACUCAAACAGCCAGUGGUUCAAAUCAAUUAUGCUGCAAAUAAGGAAGAAUUGUCUUUGGUAAAAUUACUAGAGUCCGAGAGGGUGCUGAACAAGAUCCUCUUGACUGUGGGUCAUUUGUGUUCCGAAAUUGACUACAUCAACCAAGAAGCGGAAUCAAUGCAAACGAAACUUUUGUACAAAGAUGAGGAAUUGCUGCUCACAAUACAAAAUUCCAAUGCCUCGGGAGAUGAGUACAGCAUUGACAUGACCAAACAAAACAAUAGUUUGACCCACAGUAAUGUACUCCUGCAAAUGAGUGAAUCCAUGGAGUUUCUUUGUAAAGUCAAUUUCCUUCUACAACGUUGCAUUGUCUUGGGCAAUAACCUGUUGCACCAGUGUGGUGCCAUUUUGGAUAGCGAAAAUAAAGUCAGUACUGUAAAUAUGAAAUUAACGCACAUCUGUGAAUAUUUGUCGUCGCUUUUUCACACCAUCCUGAUAUUCGAUGAGAUUUUACUACGUUCAAGCUUUACCCGCUAUUGGCCGGUGUAUAAGAAAACUGUGGAAACAUUGUCCAACAGUCAAACCCAGUGGAAAAAUUGCUCCAAAUCCGAAUUGAAUGGCCUUCAGACUUGUCUGCACGAACUGGAAUUCAUAUUCAGCGGUAAUAUAUUUCGUCACUUCCUCGACACAACAUUCAGUUUAAAGGAGAAAAUCGGAUCGCGUGGCAUGGGUCAAUUGAAUAAACAAUUCAAUGAGUAUUUAAAACAGCAACUAAAUGAAUUGGAUAAAACCAAUCCCAGUGAAUUGAAUACCUUUACAAAUACUCACCUCAUAAUCCGUACAAAUGCAUUCUGUGUGGUAUUUCAUGAUUUUUGCGGGCAAGUUGAUGCAAAAUCUAUAAAACAUUUAAUUGAAGUGAAUGCCAAAUAUCAUGCCAUUAUGUUAAUUGGCAACAUAACAUGGUCCGCCACAGAUUUUCUAACAAGAAAUGCCUAUUCAUUGGUAAAGACACACGGUAAAAAUCAAAUGGACUUGAGGAAACAACAGCAAAUAUUUCUUCAAUUACAUGGACCAAAGUUGACCAAAGAUUGCCGUAUUUAUUGUGGUGACAUCACCCUGUGGACAUUGAAAAUAAACAAAGCCUUAAGUUUGGGACCAUUCGAACUGCGUAUAGAACAAUUCAAAGAAUUGGCUCAAAUGCUAAUGGAAGGUAUCCGUAUGGCAGGACAUUUAAGUUAUAUGAUAAAAGGUGUAGUUAGUUGUCAUGAGAAUCUGCAAAUACCCAUGACCAAACAAACUCUGAUGGUAGUUUGUAAACUCUUGGAAAUGUUGAAAAUGAUCCAGCUGACUUUCAUCAAUCACACAACAAAUAUUAGUAAAAUUAUACAUUGCAUAUCACAAUAUUUCCAGUAUAAAGUCCUACAUUUGCUCAAUGCCUGCAAAAAGAAGUUAUUGUCUUCGAAAUUGAAGGAAAAGGGUGUCGAUGCUCUGUCGGCCAUAAAAAUAGCUGAACGUUGUUUUUUGGGUCCGCCCAGCAAAACCCGUAUACUAGUCGCAAAAUUGGCAUUCGAUGUGGCAUGCAAUGGUAAUAGCAAGUUUCUAAAUAUGGAGCAAUUUGAGCGUUUCCGUCUUCUCAUACAACGCAUCGAAAUGAUAAGCGAUUUUCAGCGGCAUAUCCGAGAGAUUUGUGAUACCUCAUUUUUAUACUGGCAUCAGUCCAUUUUGAGGGCAUAUCUGAAACAAGUUGUGGACAAAAAGCUGGAUUUUCAUUCAUUUCAGUAUCUUGUUCAGGCUUCCAGUGAAUGCAAUGAUCGCCUGAAUUUGCUACAAUUCCAAAAUUCUCAACUCUCACAAGACUUACAAAAAUCCCAAUUCGAAAAUUUACGUUCCGAAAUCGUAAGCAAGCUGUGUGCUCAAAUAGAAAUAUUCCUGCGUUUAGAGGUCCAUGUCAAUUUACAAGUGGAAAAAAUGAAUCCUUUUGAGCAGGGCAUUAAUAACUACAAGGAACUGAUAAAUGUCUGCCCCAUUGAAGUUAAUGGCAACUAUUUGAUAUUGAAAGAUCACAUUGAAAACUAUUUAAGUGCAAUGUUUUAUAAUCUUACCACAAUUUCGCUGCAUGACUGGAAAACCUAUGAACAAAUGAGACAUUUGGCAAAUAACCGUUUACACUUGAAUCCGGUCGAAGAUUAUCUACCCAACCAGACACUGGAACAGGGUAUUGAUAUUUUGGAAAUAAUGCGUAAAAUUCAUGUAUUUGUCAGUGUCUAUGUUUACAAUAUGAAUUCGCAAAUAUUCGUGGAACAACACAGCAAUAAUAAUCAUUUGGAUACCAUUGGUAUACGGCACGUGGCCAAUUCGUUGCGUACCCAUGGCACUGGUGUCAUAAAUACAACAGUUAACUUUACAUAUCAAUUUUUAAGACAAAAGUUUUAUACUUUCUCACAAUUUCUUUAUGAUGAACAAAUCAAGUCGAGACUCAUGAAAGAGUUGCGUUCGUUUGCCGAAUGUAAGCAACAGGAUAAAUAUCCACUGUAUUCAUACGAAAGAGCUGAUGCAUUUAAUAAGGAUAUACGUAAACUGGGCCUGGCCAAGGAUGGGCAAACGUAUAUGGAUUUAUUUCGGAAAGUUAUUACUCAUGUUGGGAAUGCAAUGGGUUACAUACGUUUGAUACGUUCAGGUAGCAUUCAUGCAAACUAUAGUGCCAGCUUAUAUUUACCAAAAUUUGAUGAAAACUUACAAUUUGUUGAAAAAUGUAAAAAUCAGGAGUUAAGUGAAGUUCUGCAAAAUGCCGCAGAGAAUCUUGAAACAAAUAUUCAAAAUUUGGCCAAUAGUUUUGCUGAUAGCACGGAUUAUUUUAAGCUACUUGUGGAUGCAUUUCAACCAUUUUUCCGUAAUCCCCACAAUCUACACUUGCGCAACUUCUUUCUCAUUGUACCUCCACUCAUAAUGAACUUUGUCGAAUAUAUGUUGACAGUCAAAUCGAAAAUUAACAAAAAAGAUCGCGAAGAAGCUGUACUGUUUGAUGAUGGCUUUGCUGUGGGUUUAGCUUACAUUUUGAAAUUGCUCAAUCAGGUUGGUGAUUUUAAUUCGCUACAAUGGUUUACAACAGUUCGUGAACGUUUUGAGGCGGAACGAAGAAAAAUUAAAGAGAUGCUCUUGGAAAUUAAUCAAAAAUCGAAUGUUACCACAUCCAAGUCUAACACCAAUGCUGCAGCCUUACAAAAGAAUGAAAAUGAGAAAUUACAACAGACUUUGGUGUUGACAGAAAGACGUAUUAAUGCUCAUCAAAUGGAAUAUAAUUUGUUAUAUUAUAACCUAUGUAGUGCUAAGAUAUUUUUUCAGUAAGUUUUUUUUAUUUGUUAUGCUGAUAAGAGUAUAUAUUUAUACUGUUAAAUAUCUAUGGGGGCAGUAUAUGGCAUGUUAUAUUGUUAUAAGCCAUUAUUAGUGUCCACAUUGGGGAAGUUUUCAUAAACCUUAAUUGCAAAUAAGUGUAUAUACCGAAAAAUAAAACAAGUAUUUUAUAACAAAUAUAUACAAAAUAUCAAAACAUACAAA